AUUAUUAGCUACUAAAAAUAAAAGGUAUAUUCUUCUGUUAUGGGGCCAAUGAAAAUCUGAACUACUUGCCCGACCGGGCCAGCAGAAAAAAAUCUUAACAUUGAGCCCUAAUAUCAAACUGUUAAGUUAGUUUGCCUUAUUAUACUUUGGAUGUUAAAAUUAAUAUGUUAUGUACUGCCAGGGAUAGACAUACAGUCUCUUCAAUGGCAUGCACUGUAUUAAGCUGUGUAAAGGUCCAAAAUCUAAUUCUCACAACUUGUGCUUUCUGGAGUUUGUUUACUGAAGUAUUUAUGGAAAGAUGUUUUUAGUUUUUUUUUCUCAGUUUUGUCUAAGGAACGAUUAAAAAUAAAGUUUAAACAACAGCACAAGCCAUGAAAAAGACUGUAAAUCUAUCCCUCAUAGCCUUGUUUUAAUUCCCUUCAAAAAUCAAAUAUGGCGUUGCUGUGAAUAAGGUCAAUUAGUAGUUUAUCCAUCCAUAUUGUGAUAUUUUGUAGAAAGACAGAUUAGAGAUCUGGUAGUGGCAGGAUGUUUUAACAUUUAUGCUUCAAAUUAUACAAGCAACAUUUUUAAUUAUGGUACUUUUUAGGUACUAUUAACUACUUAAAUAAUGACUAGUACUCCAUUGUUACUGAUAAAUUGCACAUUUUUAAUUUUGUGUUCCUCUGUGGUUAUCAAAUAUUUGCUUCUGACUAGUACCUCAGUUUGACUUGUAAAUAUUCAUUAGAUAACAGUAAAUAUUCUUCAGCAAGUAGUUAAAAAAACAAACAAACAUUAAUUUGUUACCAUUAACACUAAAAUAGAUUCUAGUCUCUGUUGUCAAUACUAUAGUACUCUAUACGAAUACCUGUUAAAACGUCAUAUAAUUUUAUAGCACUGUAGUACAGCAAUAAAUGUGUAACUAAAAUAUCCUUUACAUAUUGGGAUUUAAAGUGAAUUUAUCUAUUGGAUGUACAUUUAAUGUGGGGAAUUGUACAUUCAUUCAGUCAUGGUUGCUGGAGAGGGGGCCUCCAGUGUACAACUUUAGGUUGAAGGAGAAAUGUAUGCUAUUUAUACAAUGUAACUCAGUAUUUUUGUGUAUUAUUUACAUAAAUUGUAACAUGUAUAAUUAGGUAAACUUACUUGUGUGCAUUUUUGGUAAGAAAGUACACUACCCGGCUUUGUAAUCAUACGGCAAAAAAAUAAAAAGAAUUAUAAUAAUAAUCUCAAAUGUAAUUCUGAUAUUAUGCACAACAGGAGAAAUGUAUGCUAUUUAUACAGUUGGGCCGUGAGGACAUCCGGAGACACAGCUGUUUCCGCAAAGCGUUGUUUGCCCAGGUGGGUAAACUGACACGUAAACAAGCGAGUGGCGUCGAGUAGUGCUUUGUGGAUCAAACCGAAAUUACAAGCGAAUCGUACACUUAUUGCAAAACGUGACAUUUAUGACAACGGAAAAAUCUAUUGUGUCAAUUUGUGUGGAAUAUACAAUAUAUUAUAUCAAAUGCUUUGGUGCGUGCGUCAAUCAAGUGUGCAAAUGAUGUCGAAUAUUUCACAAUAUGUCUAUUUUAGUGCUUUAAUGGCUUUCCGAGUUACAGCUAACUUCCUGCAAUAUGUGAACAAUUCCAGCUCGAUUUCCACAGUGCCCCUCCGCAUCUGCGAACAACAAACAGGAAAAGCUUGAGCCGUGAAUUGACAGACGUACGGCUCGACCACUCCAAGCCCGAGGGGUCGAAUCACACAGCCAAUCGUGUCGUAGAAGAAAGGCGGGCCUUCCGCUUACGUGACGCAAAUCUCACUGGCAAUCUUCGAAGCCCCACCUUUUGUGUUUCCCCGCACCGUCAAUCAAAAAUAAGAAAAAAAUCGACCCGAAUCUCCGAUCACAGCCCGCCUUUGAUUAAAACAAUCAUGUUUGGAGUUUAAAUGAACAGAUAAACCUCCGAUUUUUUACCUUUUCACGCUAUGACUGGUACGUAACACUUAGCCCGAUUGAAGCACAGCACCGCCGCCCCAGAACAGCCAGCGAAACAGCAGGAAAUGGCUGCCUUGGACGUGGACAGCAGUCAGAGCGAGUUUUUGCAGCCGGCCAGCGGCGCCCAGGACCAGCAGACCACAGACCUUACGGCCAUCCAGUUGACGGGCUCAUCUGAUCGCUGGGAGGUUCUAACGCCUGUGAGCUCAGUGAAAGACGAGUCUGCGGUAGUACAGGUAUCCAGUGGAGCACUCCUGGGCAGCAAUGGGCAAUAUGUGGUGCCACUACAGACUAUGUCAGGGCAAACCCAGCCUGUUUUUGUGACAGCAGGGGUAGAUGGCACCAGUGCCAAUGGGGUGCACUACCAAGUCAUCCCCCAGCUGCAGGGUACAGAUGGGGCAUCAUUAAGCUAUGCAGCAUCCACUGCAGAUGGAGCCACGAUGGGCACUGACAUUACUUUCCUUUCGGAUGGUACACAAAGCAUUGCCACAGCCACCAGUGCUAACAACCUCCAGGGCCUACUGAGUCAAACUGGGCAUGUGCAACAGAUUCCCGUCUCAUUGGCUGGCUCAGGGUUUGGCAUGCAGGGCCAGGUUGUCGCUAACGUACCAAUGGGCCUGCCAGGCAACAUCACGUUAGUGCCUAUAAAUAGCUUGAGUAAUGUGGAUCUUGAGUCUCUGGGAUUGGCUGGGGCUCAGACCAUAGCAACAAGCGUUACCACAGAUGGUCAGCUCAUUAUGGCCGGCCCCACAUCCACAACAAGUGAGAACCAGAGUGAAAGCAGUGGCAAAUGCACAGAGCCACUUAACCCCAAUGAUGCUAAUGCUAAUGCCUUUGUGCCAACCACCAUCUCUUCCACAACAACAUCGCUUCCUGAGACGAUAGACGGGACUGGAGUUCUCACCCAAGCCACUGCCGUGUCUGCCGGGCAGCAGGACCCGUCUUACGUACAGCAGAAUCACACCACUGAACAGGUAAUGCAGCUAUUACCAACGCAGACGGCAGAUGGAGCGGCGCAGACACUACAAAGCGUGCAGCUGUUGAAUGCUGGUACAUUUCUGAUCCAAGCCCAAACUGUCUCGCCCACCGGACAGAUCCAGUGGCAGACCUUCCAGGUUCAGGGGGUUCAGAACCUGCAGAAUCUGCAGCUGCCGGCUGCUGGUGGGGUCUCAUCCCCACAGAUCACCCUCGCCCCAGUGCAGACCCUUUCUCUCGGGCAGUCUGGCACCACAGGAACAGUGGGUCAGAUCCCAAACCUACAGACAGUCACAGUCAACUCUGUUGGUCAGUACCAGCAAGAUGAGAACAUGGAGGGCCACUCAGAUAUUCAAAUCAAAGAAGAGCCAGAUUCAGAUGAUUGGCCAAAUUCCACCCUGAACACCAAUGAUUUGUCCCAUCUUCGUGUGCGGUUGGUUGAGGAGGAUUUAGAGGGGACAGGGCAAGAGGGAAAAAGGCUGCGUAGGGUAGCCUGCACUUGCCCCAACUGCAAAGAGGCUGGAGGAAGGGGUUCAGGUAUGGGAAAGAAGAAACAACACAUUUGUCAUAUCCCUGGGUGUGGUAAAGUGUAUGGCAAGACGUCUCACCUCCGAGCUCACCUGCGCUGGCACUCAGGAGAAAGACCCUUCAUUUGCUCAUGGAGUUACUGUGGCAAGAGGUUCACCCGCAGCGAUGAACUCCAGCGUCACCGCAGAACACACACUGGAGAGAAGAAAUUUGUGUGUCCAGAGUGCUCAAAGCGUUUUAUGCGCAGCGACCAUUUGGCCAAACACAUUAAAACUCACCAGAACAAAAAAGGGCUAAACUCCACUUCUGGGGCAGGUCAGACAGAAGCUGCUGCCCCUUCGGACACCAUCAUCACCGGGGGUGGAGCCACUCUCAUCCUGACCAAUCUGCAGCAGCCUGGCAGCCAGGACCUCCUUUCAAACUCUGACCUCCCACUCCAGUUGGUCACUGUGUCUGCCAGUGAGGUCAUGGAGUGACCAAAAUCCCAUUCACUUUCACAGCUCAUCUGCUUUUCACUAUCAAUUUUUAUAUAUAUGAUAAAUAUAUAUAUAUUAUAAAUAUAUAUAUUUUAAGAAUGACUUAUCCAUUUAUGUUCAACAGCAGUCUUUUGUACAAACAAGGCAAAAAAUGACAUUAAAUGUGGUUCCAGUUUCCAUGCACAUACACACAUACAAGCAAGCACCUACAUGCUCAUAUGAACUCUUAUACACACACAAAUACAUACACAGAAAUGCCUUAUUUUGUAUCAUAAUCUGUAGUGUAAAAUGCUGGAGGUGCAUGUGUUUUUACUUUUGCUCAUAUAUUUGUUCAGGAGACGAUCAUUUGAGAGUGUGAUUGAGAAAUGGAUGUUAUGGUACACAGAAAGCAGGAGGUGUAUGUGUUCGAGUGAGUGAUUAUAGUGAGAAUGACAGUGGGAUAAAGACACAGUCUGCUGCGAGGGAGAUUACUUAUGAUCUGUCCAUUUUUAUUCACCUCCCUCUCAGCUGGCCUUCAUCCAAAUGUGUCUUCACUCUUUGCUUUUAUUUUCUUUUAUUUGAUUUCAUAUUAGUGGUCUUUGCGCUCUUAGUCUCAUGUCCUCUGGAUCAUGUUCGAGGAUCUUUUGAUUUCACUGGUCUGCCGCCCACCUGCAACUCGAACAAGACAUCAGGCGGCAGAGUCAAACAAUCGUGUAAUAAACUUUAUUUUUAUUGUAUCGUUGUUCUUAUUGCUCUCCAGAUUAUCUUUGUACAAUUCAUAAUGUCACUUCCAUUUCUUUUUGUUUUCUUCAGCCCCAAGUUGUUUAUAGCCACAAUUUAUGUAGUCUAAUACUGAUUCUGUUGUAUCAGAGGCUCCUUGUUUUGAUUACUUUCUAAACGUGUACAAUUUGAUGUUACUUUUGUACAACUCCCCUCCUUUUUUUUUUUUUUUUUUUUUAAAUGGAACACAAUUAAAGUCAGAAACCUUCCUAUGAUUCUGCAUAACCAAAAGUUUGUUUCUGAAUGCUUCAGUUUUGGUGCUGAUGAUACGUGUGUGUGUGUGUGUUAGUGCAAAAAUAUCUCCUAAGAUCUCAACACUGGCUGUUGAAAAUAACAUACUGCCAUACUACUAGUCCUAUGUCUGUGGUAUGUAGUAUGUAUAUACUGUGCACAUUAUGCAAAUUUUCUGUAUGCACAAGCUCUAUUUUGUCCAAAGUGUGCAGUGUGAACACUGCUGAGAAUUUUAUCCCACAAAGCAAUGUGUUCGACUUAACCCUCCGUUCCAACAGUUUUUCUUGACUCAUUAUUUGAUC